AUGCUUUUGAAAGCGGUAAAGUUUCGGUUAUGUCGCCUGUUUGAGGAAAGGAUAAUUUGGGCUGGAUUGGAAAGCAAGAUUACCCCGGAAGAAUAUACGGCUCAUUUCUAUGGACUUAUGGAAAUGUUCUUGAGAUGUAAAGUCAUGAAGGUGGCAGAAAAGUUGGAUCUCGAAGUAAAAGCUGCACCACGACGUGAGCCAUAUAAGGACUGGUUCGAUCUCAUUCCAUUAAAGGAUGCCCUUAAUGGAGGCCGUGCAGCUAAAGCCGCAGGCAUGAAGUGCAUUAUGGUGCCUAAGGAACAAAUCCGUCAAGAAGCUCUAAGCAUCGGCGUUUCACAAGUUUUGCACAGCAUUGAAGAGUUUCGCCCAGAAGAGUAUGGACUUCCACCAUAUGACUAA